AUGGCCGUGAACAUUUCGACUGGGGUGAUGAACUCACUCCUGGUGAAGCUGGAAGAGGUGUGUCGAUACGACUUGAAAGAGAUCCAAUUUUCUACCGAAUUUGAUUUCAAGAACAAUAUAUGGCACUUGAAAGAGGAAUUGAGCUGCAUGAAUGCUCUACUACAGAAGCUGCCUAACAUGGAGGCUCUGAAUAUUCAGAAGAGGGAGCUGAGGAACAAGGUACGUGAGCUAGCCUACUUUGUUGAGGACAGAAUUGACAGGUUCAUGCACAGUUUUGGCACUGUAGCUGACAAGGCCACCUUGCUCACUGACACGAUGGAUCUGAUGCUCCCUAUCUUGUUUGAAAAAAUUCACGAAAUCAAGGAUUAUGUUGUCGAGGAAGUCAGAAGAGUAGAGAGUAUAUACAAUCUCGACGAGUCUAUUAGCUCUAACCCGAGGCAGAUAGAAAUCGAUGAUAUUUCACCUGUCCUGUGUGGAAAGGCAAAUAGGCUCGUCGGUAUCAAUGUCCCAUGUGAGGUGAUUACACAGUUGUUAAUGGAGGAUAUGGAAGGAGAGUCAGUACAGCAUCCUAAGGUGGUCUCUAUUGUGGGAUUUGGGGGUCUUGGUAAAACAACGUUGGCCAGCCAGGUCUACAAGAAAAUUCAUAGCAGAUUUGAGUGCGCGGUGUUUGUGUUUGCAUCACGAAACCGUAGCACGUCAAUGAUUUUAAAUGACAUUCUUUCGCAACUCAGAUAUGACGGAUCGGCCGAUGGCAUAAAAAGUCUCAUCAAUGCAACCAGAGAAAAACUCUCUUGCAAGAGGUUCCUAGUUGUAAUUGAUGACAUAGCAAGCAUAGAAACAUGGAACAGUAUUAGUGGUGCAUUUGUCGAAACGUGGAACAGCGGAAGCAGAAUUAUUACAACUACACGAAGAAAGGAUGUAGCUAAUGCCUGCUGCUCUAGCUUCCAUGGCAUUGUCUAUAAGAUGAAACCACUAGGUUGGACGGACUCCAGAAGCUUAUUUUUCAGAAGAAUAUAUGGGUCAGAUAACUACAGCCCUGAACUUGAAGAACUCAUAAUUGCUAUUGAUAUUUUAAAGAAAUGUGGAGGAGUUCCAUUGGCUGUAGUUGUCAUAGCUAGUCUUUUGGCUAGUCAAGAAGAAGUUAACAAACUGGAUAAUUGGUUGAAGAUAAAAUACUCUAUGGGGUUUGAACUGGAAAGAAAUCCUAACUCUAAAUGGAUGAAGCAUAUCCUUAAACUUAGCUACAAUAAUUUAUCUUCGGAUCUGAAGACGUGCUUUCUAUAUCUUCAUAUGUAUCCUGAAAACUAUGACAUCAUGAAGAAAGACUCGAUGAGACAAUGGAUAGCAGAAGGAUUUAUUACCCAAAAAGAUAACCGAGACUUAGAAGAUAUUGCUGAGAGCUACUUCAGUGACCUCAUAAAUAGAAGCCUGAUAAAGCCAGCUCAGUUUAAGCAUGGUGAGGUUGUCUCCUGUCGUGUUGUGCACAAUUUGUUUCUUGAUCUUAUUGUUGAGAAGUCCACGGAGGAAAACUUUGUGACUUUUCCUGAUACAAGUGGGGAACUGCGAUAUUUGCAAGUGGUUGACAUAAAAUGCAGCGGUGAUCUCGUACUCAUCGGUGGGUUUCUGAGUGAUGCUUGUUUACCAUCAUUGCGGCAUCUGAGAACUCCAUGGAAUGCAGAGCUCGGCAGGGGGAUUAACAGGCUGACCUCUAUACGUACACUUGAAGAAAUUAACUUCUGCAAUUGUUCUGUUGAAAACAUCCGACAUCUUGGGAUGCUGACCAAUCUAAGGACGCUUGGUGUCAUCUACAAUCGCCGUCGAGGCAACGAUGAAGAUGACCAGACAGAUAUGCUGGUUUCCUCCUCCGCAAUUCCUUCAGAAGUUUCACCCUCACAUGAUAUUCUUCUUCAGGGUUCCAUACUGGAUACAAUAGGUUGA